CUUCGAUUUAGCGACGCAAGUCGGCACAAGCAUUAUUAUGUUUUUUUUUUCUUCAACAAAUAACAAACAGAAUGAUAUUUAUGUUGAUUUGUGUCGCUAAAUGGAAGGCACCCAUAGAAUUAGAUAGAUCAAAUGCAUUUGAAUUAGGAACUACGUCACUGCGCAUUGCGCAUGCUUAAACGCUCAACGCUCAACGCGAGUCGCGAAGGAACCCCAAUAGUUUCUUAACCUCAACAACAUGUGACUUGUUUGUUUAGUUAGGUUAGGCGUUCGUGAGCAAUUGUGAGCAUUUAUGCGACGAGUAUAUGCGAGAGUGUGCGGCAAAUAUAUAAUAUUAAAUAUUUAGACUUUCGGCAUCUUCGGAAUUGGCAACGUGAUUAAAGUUACCUUCUGAUAAAAAAUUACACGUAAAACAAAAAAACAUAAGACAUUGUUAUUAGCGAUUAUUAAAAUUAUUCAAUGAAACAGUAGUAAAUGACAUUUGGAAUAGGGUUUUCAAAAUAAGAAUGUUGCUGAAUAUUGUACAAUUGUCACGUAGCGCGAUUCACGGCGCGAAACUUUUGGGAACAGUCAAUUUAAGGUCAACAAUUGGAUGCAAAUAUAGUACCAAAUGGAUUAGUCGAAAACCUGUCGCUAUUGUCAAUGAACAUGAGCUCUUUGAUACUGAUGACACGACCAAAGCUGACGAGCAAAGAACUAAAACACACAGGAAGAGACCGAGAGGCAGUAAACGUGAGAAGAAAGAAGACAAGAAGAAGCAGACGGAAAAUGAAGUUGAAGGAGGCACUGAUACGAAAAAAAAAUAUAUAGCCCUUGAUGCAGACGAUAAGCUUAUAAGCUCAUUAAUGAUAGACGUCAAAACGAAAAAGAAGAGAGAAAAGAAUGGCCAAAUGCUAUUGGAGGGCUCUCGAUUAAUUGAAGAUGCAAUUCGGGCAGGGACAGUGCCAAAAGCGAUAUUUUUCAGCAGGUUAUCCGACGUACUGCCGCUGUCACUUUCGCAAGAAGUGAAACUAUAUAAAAUUCCAUAUCGUACGAUACAGUUGUGGUCCAACUUGACAACCUCUCCUGGGAUAAUUGGAAUCUUCGAAAUCCCAGAUGUAGACGCUAAGGAACCAGCUGAGGAUGCUUUACCUUUGACUAUUAUCUGUGACAAUGUCAGAGAACCAGGAAAUUUGGGAACUAUUGUAAGAGCUGCUGCCGCAGUUGGUUGCGAAAAGUUAUUAUUGAUGAAAGGUAAUUUGCGCGCCAUUACUAAUUCCGUGGCUCGUUAA